AUGGUGCUUGAUCUUGAUUUAUUCAGAGCCGACAAAGGAGGCGACCCGGCUAAAAUCCGGGAGAAUCAGGCCAAGCGGUUUAAAGAUGUGACACUGGUCGACAAGGUGGUAGAACAUGAUACAGAAUGGAGAAGAUUGCGUUUCAAAGCUGAUUUGCUCAACAAGCUGAAGAAGUUUUGCAGCAAAGAGAUUAGUGAGAAAAUAAAAAGAAAAGAACCGGCGGGUAGUGAUGAAAGUCUGCCAUCAGAGAUCAUAAACAACAUAGAAGAGCUAACACAGGAGAAGCUAUCUGGAUUGACCGUGACUCAAAUCAAGAAGGUCAGCCAGGAAAUUGAUGAGCUUGUGGCAAGUAAUAACGUGAAGUUGCUGGAACAUGAGAAGGAGAGAAAUGAGGCCCUGAAGGAGAUAGGGAACUUACUGCAUGACUCCUGCAUUGUUAGCAACAAUGAGGAUGAUAAUGGUGUCGAGCGAACUUUUGGUGAUACAGAAACUAGGAAGAAAUAUUCCCAUGUUGAUCUGGUGGUAAUGAUCGAUGGAGCUGACAACGAGAGGGGCGCAGUGACUGCAGGAGGUCGCGGUUAUUAUCUAAAGGGUCCAUUGGUGUUCAUGGAGCAAGCUUUGAUUAAUCUUGCCAUGAGCAUGCUGCAUGCUAAAGGUUACAUACCUCUCUACACACCUUUCUUCAUGCGCAAGGAGGUUAUGCAGGAGGUGGCACAACUGUCCCAGUUUGACGAAGAGCUCUACAAGGUUGUUGGCAAGGCAUCUGAGAAAAAUGAGGACAGUGAUCUAGAUGAAAAGUAUUUGAUUGCAACUUCAGAACAGCCAAUCGCUGCCUUCCAUCGUGAUGAGUGGAUACCCAAAGAGUCUCUGCCAAUCAGAUACCUGGGCUACUCAAGCUGCUUCAGACAGGAAGCUGGGUCGCAUGGGCGUGACACCAGAGGAAUAUUCAGAGUCCAUCAGUUUGAAAAGGUUGAACAGUUCUGCAUCACAUCACCAGAAGCUGACAAGUCCUGGAAAAUGUUUGAUGAAAUGAUCAACAAUGCUGAAGAGUUCAACAAAACUCUAGGGAUACCUUACAGAAUUGUCAACAUUGUCUCAGGUGAACUAAACCAUGCAGCUUCCAAAAAACUAGAUCUGGAGGCUUGGUUUCCAGGUUCAGGGGCUUUCCGGGAGUUGGUAUCCUGUUCAAACUGCCUGGACUAUCAAUCGCGCAGACUUCGCAUCAGAUACGGCCAGACCAAAGCUGUGGGUCAAGAGACUAGUUUUGUCCAUAUGCUGAAUGCCACUAUGUGUGCUACAACAAGAACUCUGUGUGCGAUCUUGGAAAACUACCAGACAGAAGAUGGCAUCGUUGUUCCAGAGGCGCUCCGGAAGUUUAUGCCAGCUGGUUAUAAUGAGAAGAUUCUGUUUGUGAAGCCAGCUCCUAUUGAUGAACAGGAGGCAAAGAAACAGAAGAAGUCUGAGAAAAGGGGAAAUGUUCCACCUGCUGAACCAAGGGAGCAGUAG